GAACAAAACAAACAAACAAACAAAGCAGGCCUCACCUCACGGAAGAAUCGCGUGUGGAGACAUUCAGCAAGCAUUCAUUCAGCAAACUUUCAGUGAAUCAUGUCAUGACACUUUGAUGUUAGAACGUCAAAGGACACUCUAAAUCAAUCCGAGCUACAUCCGAAGAAAAUUUUAUCCAAUAUCCAGUGUUUUCAACAGGUUAAAAGUUACGAAAGUUAAAAUGGAUAAAGACAUUGAAAGUUUAUGGCUGUGUUUGCCGGCUAAAGAACACGACGCUAAAAUACUCAUCCAUAGAAUAGCCUGCCACUUUCAAAAUUAUUUCACAUCUGAAGACAUAGAUCUAUCACUGCACCUUCUAUUUCAAGAGGAAAAAGGUCUUAAGUCCUUUUUGGAUGCUUUAUCAAACAGCAACAUGAAAAAAGUCUCUUCUGAUGUCCUGAAUUUUUUAGAAUUUCUUAUUGUUAAGUUACCGUUUAGUCUUGAAAACUAUGUAGUCAUUAUCAGAGAUAUUGCAAUGUCUUAUGUCCAAAGAACUUCUUCAUCUGCUGAGGAAAAAGAUAGAGCUUUUGAUAUCCUCAUUGCUCUUGUUCAGAAUGGACCAUGGAAUGCAGAUUUACAAAUCACACCCAUUGUUACUAAGCUGUUCAGUAUGGCAUCACAUAGCACCAGCAAGCCAACAGUUCUACGCAAAGUUUACAAACUUAUAGGAGCACUAGCUGAGCACCUACCUCAUGAUAUCAAUUUUUUAUCGAAGCGCCUUCUUGAUGCAUUGAUGAUGGAUUUGGAAUACCAGAUUUUCCAUUCUCGCAAAGUGGAAUUUACCAUUAUUGAAGGCUGUUUGGAUGGACUGACUGGUUUCCUUCAUUCUUUCCCUUUAGACGGUUCUACUGAUAGUGAAAGAUGCAAUAAAAUAGUUGAUUGUCUUUGGAAAACUCUGCUGCUGGUAGAUGUGCACCGGAAAACUGCACCUAGAGCUGCAUUGAAUUUGCUAGCCAAUCACGGAGAUCAAUUUCGUGCUAGUUUAGUUCUCAAAUUUGAGGAUUGGCACAAAACUCUUUGUAGGUGGCUACCAAUUGGCAAGGACGAGAGGAGGGUUGGGAAGCAAGCAUUACUCACAUUUUACUACAUUAUGGCAAAUCAUAUUACUGGUCAGCGAGGGCCAAAGGAUACAUUAGAUUUCUUCUGUAACCAUUUUAAAAACCAAUUUCAAAUGUCGAUGGAUGUAGAUAUUGCAGUGAAAGGAUUUGGACUGUUUGCAAAGCCAAUGAAAUUACUUUCUCCUGAAGAAAUUCCUGUGAUAUUCAAUAUUAUAGCUCAGAAGUCACAUGAGGAAUCCUUCAAGAGUAACCAUCAUAGGUUGGCAGAUUACUUGGAUUCUCUGUCCAUGUUUAGUGUGGAAGCGGGUGUUGUGCACAGCUUACAACUCUCUAUUCUUGAAAGUUUGUCUGUCCAAUUGAUUUGCCAAUACGCAAAGGAGGAGCAUCCUGACUGGCAAAGAGUUAUGGUUGAUGCUGUUAUUUGUACCUUGCAACGCCUAAGAAAAUGUGGUGUGGCUUUGGAUAGUUUUAUGAAUGUUGUCGUACAUCAAGGAAUUAUAAGGUCAGUUACACACCCUGUCAUUGAGGAUGCUGAAAUACUUCGUGAUACUCAACAAAAGGUCAUAACAUAUGAGAACUACCUCCCAUUUUGGCAAAUUUUACUAACUCUAGAUACAUCUAAUAAGAGACUUUUAAGAGAGGCAUCUAUUGAAGAAAAGAGAGACAUUUCAAGAGCUCUGGUCAGUAAAAUAUUGGAUUCUGUUCAGGACAUUAUCAAUAGACUUGAUCUCAGCUUACAAGAAAAUAAUUCAUCUGAAUCAAUUGACCAUUGCAAUGUGGAGAAAUGUGUGGAAGCUACUAACCCACAAGAUUUCACGGUUCUUGUGAACCUUGUCAAUUUUACUAUUGAUCUUUUGAGCAGUCUUCCUGACCAAUCUCUCCUAGCCAACUGGUUCACUCCACUGAUUCUGUAUUGUAUCAAGCUGUCAUCCAAACAUCCAUUAGUGAGCAGCUUUUACAAAUUAUUGGCCAACAUUGUUAGGAUUGCAGAAAAUCUUGACUAUUUUGAGCAAGAGAAAGAUGAAAUGGAAGAUCUUGAGUGGAGAUCAACUGUAAAUCUCUUAAGUGCUUUCCUAUAUGAUGUUAUUUCUCGGCAAGCACAGUACCGCAGUGACCUGCAGGUUUCAUGUUUGCGUUUGAUGUUAGCUACUCCGUCUUGCAUCGCUUUACCUCUUCUGCGCGUAUGUGUUCCUGCAUUUCAGUCAGUUUUCCAAAUAGGCUGCAGCAUGUUGUCUUUAGCCCAUGAAGGCUUGCAUACUUUGUCUCGCUGGAACCAGGAUCUUCCUGGCGAAAAGAUGAGAAUUCUUUUGAAAGCUGUCUUACCCUCAUUUGAUAGUCUGCUCCAGACAAAAGAUAGUGUUCCUGUUGAUGAAGAUGACGGCAAUCUUUAUGGGAUGACCAUGGUAAAAACCGUCCUGCAAGAACAAAAAAAAAAAAAGUUGUGGAAGUACAAAGUGAAUUCUCACUCAGAUACAGAGUUGGUCAAAUUGCAAAAGGAAGUGGUUGUCUUUUUGAGCACAUUGGAUAGCUCUGUUUGUCUCUCUUUGUUGGAUGGGAGUGAGGAUAGGGUAGGUGUCACAGCUUGGCAGAAGGAGAGACUGUUAAAGUUUCCUAUGCCUUUUCAAGACAUGAAGGUAGACAUCAGUUUAGAUGACUUACUGCCUCGCCUAGUGCACUUAGCUGUCAACUGUAGUGAUCGUCAGACAAAAACUGCUGCAUGUGAAUCACUACAUGCUGUAAUCAUGUUUAUGCUCGGAAAAGAAAAGCAGUUGGAAACUGCACACCAAGGUCACUUGACUUCACUUUGGGUUCACCUUUUCCCCAAAAUAUUCAGCCUUGCAUGUGAUGUUGACAUAAUUGUAAGCCAGCUUUUUAAACCAUUGGGUGAGCAGUUGGCUCAUUGGUAUUCCAGCAAACUGAAUGAAAAGAGUGAACAGGCUGAUGCUUUUUUGAGAGCAAUCCUUGAUGGCAUAACACACCAGACGGAUGCAGCUUUACGUGAUUACUCCGCUACCUGUCUUCAUGAGUAUGUUAAAUGGUCAAGAAAGCAAGGAAACAUGAUGGCAAAAGUUGCACCUGUGAUAAAGUUUGUACUAAGCAUGUUCCGUCAUCCAUGCCCUCAGAAACGCAUGGGUGCCUCUCUGGCAUUUAAUAGUAUGUAUGCUGUUUUACGUGAAGAUCUUAAAAUUGUUGAUGAAUUUUGGAUUGAAAUACUGUAUGGCCUAGUGACUGGUCUUUCUUCGUGCUCAAUAACGGGUGAAGACAGUAGCGCAGAGGCUCAUAUUGACAAGUCGCUGCAACAUGUACUUAGAGUAUUAAUGGAAUGCUCUAACAAGUUCAAUUUGGAUAGCCCUUCCCGGCGAAUCCCGAGAGAAUUGACUGGAAGAAAUUUGUGGCAUGUGGUACGCUGGCUGCUGAAGUACUGCACUGCAUUAAACUCUCAAUGUCGUCACAGCAGUAUGAAAUUGGUAGAUUGUUUGGCACGUUAUGUUUCUGAUUGUCGGUCUACAAAAGAUUUUAUUGAAAGUGUGAUAUCAAUUGAAGGCAAUUGUAGCCUUUUGUUGGUGGCAGAAGGUGAAACUAGUUUGCGUACAACUUUACCAAGUUCAGCUCCAUGGGAUCAAGCCUUAGCAUGGGUGUUCUCAUUGCUAGCUAGCAUGGAAUCAUACAUAUGGCUGAUGGAAGUGAACAUACCUCCUGUUACUUUGUUUGACCUCAACAGUUCUAAAAUUACUCCGGCUUUGAUGCACUUUUUGGAAAGUAUAGUUGGUACUCCAAUCAACCAACCCUCACUGUGGAGGCCUAAAGCUAUGGAGCAAUUCAAUUAUGCCAAGUGCACUACUAUUGUGCGGAUGAUUGAUUUUUUUACCGCAGUUCUUGACAUAGGUCAAGGAUCAAAGUUAAGCCCCUUCUGGUCCUCAAAUUUCUGGAAACUGCUCAUCAAUUGCUGUGUCUGGCCUUCAAAUCUGGGCUUUGACUCCACCUCAAAAAAUGUUGAAGAAAACCUUUCCAUCACAGUUCAGAGGUUCCUUAGGUCUCUGAAUACCCAUGCUCCGGCGUCUGCGGUUAAUGAUUUAAAAUGCAUUUUAAAGGAUUAUUUAUCAUCUGUGGCCCCGGAUAUGCUUAAUAGAUUUCACGAAGCUAUCCGACGCGAUAGAGUGCUGCCGCACGACAAAGAGCUUGUUAGGGGUCUAAGUGUCCUCCAAAGUGUUUUCAAAGAGACUCAAAUGUGGAGUGGCUUGAUUGGUGAGAGAAGUCUGGUUGCAGUUUUUCAGGCCAUUGUCGAACCUGUCUUAAAUAGUGAGCACAAAGCACCUGUGAGUCUCAACCCGACAGCACGGAUGUAUGCUCAAUCAAUGCUGGAAUUUUAUUUCUCAACUUGCCCUGAGCUAAACCAACUUAUAAACAAUAUUUUAGAUAGGUCUCCUCUUUCUCAACGUGAUUUACAAUGUAGUAUUACCCACGGAGAACAUUUUGUGGCUUGUUUUGAAGCUGUACUUGUGCCAAGACUGUUGGGAGUACAUCACCAGACCGUAAGUGCUCUGGCAGAGCAUUUAACUCCUGAGGUCAGCCCUCAACAUUUGACAAUUUUAUCUUCAAUUUUGAGGUGGCGCUGCUCAGUCAGUUCUACUACUCGGUAUCAUUUAAUGCAAACAGUUGCUUGCUUGUUUUCAAAGUGGGACAAAUUCAUUUUCUGGGCUAAUGCUGAUCCAUGCAAAGAGGCCUGGUUAAUAUCUCUAAUUAAUCAGAUUGUAGAACUCGACAUUGAUUUUCAUUCUGUCGAAAAUGUCACUCACAUUUGUUCAUGGAUUAUUAAGCUUCUCACAGACUCAUCUAGAACUUUGUCGCUUAAAACCGACUUGCUGUAUUGUCUGCCAAUUGUAUGCUCAAUUUCUGAACCAAGUGAUGUGAAAAAUUCCCUAUUGUCUUUGAAAAAUCAACAUUUUCCAGUUCAAUGCUCAGAAUUCAGACCAGGCUCUGAAGAGUUGGCAACUUUCAAGAGAGCAUUUGAAGCAUUAUUGCAAUCUCUUGUAAUAACCGGAAGCAGUUCUAUUUUGAAUAUUGUGAUUCGAACAAUGACUGUUGAUCCUAACCAUAAUUGUCGACAUCUUUUACCAUCAACUCUACAAAAAUACAUGGCUGUUUUACAAAAAAGUCAAGAUCAUCAAGUUGAGUCUCUUAAGCUUGUGUUUUCUAUGUUUGAAAAUGAAACUAUAUCUGUGGAGUACCGGGCUAAAAUUCUCAAUGAGUUCCUCCUUAAAUUGAUGCAAUUUGCCUCUCUUUCAAGUCAAGUGUCCUUUUCAGUUUCAACAAUAAGCAAGUUGGUGAAGAGAAUCACUGAAGGCUUUAGUAUGAAAACAGAUGUGGGUAAACAAAAGCAUAAAUUGAUGUCCCACAUUGGUAGCUGGCAACUGCUUCAACAUAUUUAUGGAUUUUCUAUGAAAAGUUUGCUAGAGGAGAAAGGAAGUGAGCUAGUGCAAGCUGCAUUCUCUGGAUCUGAGACAAAAGUUACCAGUGGUAAGGAACUCUAUACGCUAAUAGUUAAAACAGGAUUAGCAGCAUUUCAAAACCCUCUGAAUUUUGAAGGAAUAAGUGAUGCCAAAGAGUUGUACCGUCAAUACCUCUGUGCUAUUUACAACACUAUAGCUACAGUAUUUUGUAAUCUGAAGACCCAAGUAGCUGAUUUGAAGUUCUAUAAGGUACUUUUUGCUGAAAACACCAGGAAAUUUUGGCGUUUAUUGGUAGAUGAUGAUAAAUGUUACAUGUUGCCAUUCCAACAAACUGAGCACUUGAAAAAUGUAGAAAAGAUAGUUUCCAUUAGAAGAAAUGUAUCAGAGGCGAAAGACUCCUCUCAAAGAAUGAAUGCCCAUAAGUCUCUUCAACUUCUCCAGUCACCAUCAUUGGCUGGAUCACUUGAAACUGAUAUUACAAGAUUUGAUUUUACUUAUUCACGACUACUCAAGCCAACUGAUAACCAUGAAGCAGAUGCUGAGAAAUCUGUGAUAAUGCUGGAAAAUGAUUCGUUGAAUGACCAUGAAUGUAUGCCAACGGUGUGUAGUAUUAUACGACACUUGGUGGAUUGUGGAAUCUCUCCGGCCCCUGUCCAAGGAGCCAAACCAACUUUGCCUGAAUGGAUGGAUCUCUUGAAGAAUUCACUUACUGAUCUGUCAAAUCCAAGGAAUAGUCAAAUAUUCAUUCUGAGAGUGAUUUUGAAUUGUGAAGUAUACUUUUCUACAUAUGCCAUGGUGUGGAUGGAACCAAUGUUGGACUGUGUUUUGAGAAUUUGCUUACAAAAUGGUAUCAGCUAUCUCUUAGGAGAUUUGGUUUGUAUGCUGGCAAAGUGGAAUGCUGAACAUCAAACGGUGGUCCUCAAUAAAAGUCAGCUGAACAUUUUAUUUGGUUAUCUUGUAAAGCACUGUCCACACUCUGAUAAGGCUGUUUUAAGGUAUCACUUAGAGUUGAUCAAAACUAUGCUUGAAGUCUGGAAGAAUUAUAUUGAUCCACCUCAUGAUUCAUUACUGAGCAUGUUGGAUAAUCCUGAUGCCCGAGUUGGUAUUAAUUUGACUGCAAUCAUGCUAUUCCAUAAGCUCACUCCAUGGACUACAAAGUCAAAGCAGUCUUUUAUUUCAUUCCUCCUGAAGAAUUUGAACAAUAACACCAAGGAGAUAUACAAAGCCUCUGCAGAAACUCUUGGAAUGUGUUUGAACCAAAUGUGCUGCCUUAAUGAUGGUCUAUUAUCCAUUGAAGACCAAAAGUUUGUUGAUGAACUGGAAAAUAUUUUGAAAAAUGUUAAUUUAGCAAAACGUGAUUGUGAGAAAUUUCUUGUUUUGCUGGAUAAUGUUUCUGAAAACUACAUUCAAAUUAUUGACAAUUUUGUAUCAAAUAUUCUUGUUUAUCUGAACCAAAUAGCAGGACACAGAGCUCUCUGUCUAAACCUUUUAUCAAAACGUCUUGAAGUCAUUGGUGGGAAUCCUUACCAAGAGUUGAAGGGGUGUGGAUUACUAACCAUGAUAGGAGAUCAAGAAUCUUUGGUUCAAGUCAAAGUGCUGCAGAUUCUCCGUGAACUUGCGCUUGCGCCUUCUUUGCAAGAUAGUGAACUAGACGAAGUUAUCCAUCAUAUUUCCCCUAUAAAUUGCUAUGUCAAAGGAGAAGCCAGAAACCUUGUGCAUGAGAUAUCACUCAUUGCUUUUGAUCGCUAUUUGCCUAUGCAUGAAAGCAACAAAUUGUCUGAAAUUGAAAAGAAAAUUUUUGAUGAAAGCAAAGCUCUCCUUUUGCUUGGCCUUGUGGAUUCAAAUGCUGAUUUGCAAAAGAAAAGCUUUUCAAAGUGGACAGAUGAGGAACGUCUUCCACAAAAUGUUGCUGAGCGGCUCUCAACAAUGUUUUCGCUGCUGUACUCUCCCCUAACAGAGCAGUAUUUCCUGAGCUACUGUGUGCCACUUCUGUUAGCUGGUACUAGAUCCACUCCAGAUUUUGACUCUCCACUUUUUUCCCAUGCACUUGAUGAUUGUGAGUUUGGGGAAAUGCAUUUACUUACCUCUUGGAGAGUUAAAAACGCCCACAUGGCUCCAUUGUAUGCCCAGACCUUAUCCAGUCAAAUAAGUCUUCAGGAUUCAUCUAGUUCUUUAGAUACAUCCUACCCCCUUUUAGCUACACAAAACAGUCUAAUAUUCCAGCCUACUGCAGACUUCCCUGAUGGAAGUGAUGCUGCAAAUUCUGCAACAAAACUAAAAAGUAGUCUCUCACGAUCAAGCUUUCUUUUCUCACAAGAUACCAGUCAAAGUAGUAAGACUGCCUUAAGGGGGAGUUUUAAACAAGGUGCUAACUUUGGGUCAGAUCUCCUUCAGCUCUCUGAGCCAACUGAGCAUGAAAAAAGUCCUAAAAGAACUGAGAGAGCUUCUCGCUAUUUUGGUAGGAGCAAAGCAGUAAGUGUGUUUAGCAAGGCCAAUGUGAAGAGAGCUAAGAGGAGAGAAGAAAUGUGGAGGGAGCGUAAACUCAGAAGAGAAGGGCAGGUUGCUAUGCACAGAAAGUACAGGCUGGGAGAUCUCCCAGAUAUCCAAAUUAAGUUUGCAGAUGUCAUAAACCCCUUAACGGAAUUAGCAAGGCACGAUUCAAUAAUAGCAAGGAAAAUAAUGGUGAGCCUAGUUGUGGGGGUAAAAGAAGUGAUAGAUGCAUCUGACAAUUCUAAUGACUUUAAAAAGCUGACAUCUGCGUCACUGAAUAAUGUUCUGAAACAAAGUAAAAAUUUUGAACCCUCUAUAAUUGGAGCUUGCCUAGAAAUAGCUUACCACUGUCAAUUCUCUCUUGAUCCACAUCUUGUAGCUGAAGUUGCUCUUGGUAGUAAUUUGCUGGCCCUGGGUGUGCUGCUUCUUGAGGCUGCAGCUACAUGGAAUGAGAAUGUUUGGUUACAUCUGGCAGAGCUUUAUGAUGGACUCGGAGAGCGGGACGUGGCUCAUUCAACUCUCCUACACAACGUACCUCUUGACAAAACAGCAAAGGACGCACUGGUGGCUCAUGCAGAAGAACAAUGGCUGAGAGCCAAACAGCAAUACUUUGUGGCCUUAAAAGACACAAAAUAUGAUAACUUUUAUGAGAGUUGUUUUGAGUGCAUGGCUAUUUUGUCUGAUUGGGAUCAAAUGAAUGAUGUGAUUAGGGAAGAAGUGGAUAAUGAAUUGGAUAAUUUGUGGAAUAACAGCUGGUAUGAACAGAAACUUCUUCCCAGAUUGCUUCAUAGUGAGGUUUUGGGGUUGGUUCAGAGAAAUGAAGACAGUAAACAAUUCCUGAAUGUCAUCAACAGAUGGCUAAAAGAUGAUGCCAAAUCAUCAACCUUGAGUUCUCGCUUCAGUGAAGAGUUGUCUAUUAUCUGUCUCAUGAAGAAAAAAUUUCCUCAGUCUCGAUUUUAUGGAAGCAAGACUUUAUCAAAAUUUGUGGAUGAAUGGAGUGAAUUGAACCCGCUAUUCAGAAAGCGUAGAGAAGUAAUGCUGCUUGGUAUUCAUUCAAUAACUGAUGCCAUGGCUUUCUUUGUAGAGGGGAAAGAAUUGCAAUCUGUCGAAGAAUCUAGGAAUGUUCUGAAGAAGUUUGAAAAAGUGUUACCUGUUCCUCAAGACUCUUUGAUGAGCUGGGAGACACGCCUCACAUACAGAUUUGCUUGCAUGAAAUAUAUGCCCACUGAGAUGGAAAAAGAAGUGGAGAAAUCAGCAUUGAGAAUGCAGCUUAGUUUGGCUGAAGCUGCUCUUCAGCAAGGAAACCAGAAUUUUGCUAAAAAAUAUAUUGUAGAUAUGAAAGGAAAGAUUCAGUCAUCAUCAAGUCCAACACUGACAACCAGAUGGCUGAUAGCUAGGAGUUCAGAGAGACACCAAUGGGCUAAAAGAGAACAAAAUAGUGUCACACGUUUAGACAAUUUGCUCAAAGUUUGGAGGCAACUAGAUACUGUUCUUGCAAGUGAUGAUUUGGAUGACCAUCCUGACCUCAGUGUCAUAGCUCACAGUGUAGAGAGUAACUUAGCUCUAACAAUUAGGGAAACGCUUUCUGCAGAACCACACUCUUUGAAUACCUUAAUAAAAAAUCAGAGUGAUGGUCAUAAUUGGCUUUGUAAUAAGUUACAGUUACAACCUGGUGUUUCAUGUGAGGACAUCAAGAGUACUUUGGACACUCUUGGUCUUAACAGCCUCAUCCACUCUAAAAACAUCGCAAAGAAGCACAAGGAUGCAAGCAGCUUUCUUACUGAACAGACUGCUGAAGCUUAUUUGCAGAUAGCCCAAUACUGUCGCAACCUCCUAGAAAACCAGGAAGGUUCCUCAGGUACAAACACAAUUGCUAGACAUUUAGUGAAAGCCAUACUUUGUGCUAUGAAGUGUGGCUCCAACCGAGCUCGACAGCUUUUUCCUUUAUUACUCCAACUUCCAACUCUCUCGUCAAAUCUUUCAAAGGACUUUGCUGAGAAAAGCUCUUCAAUCCCUGUAUGGAUGUUCCUUGGUUGGAUUCCACAGUUGUUAGCUAUGUUGGACAGUCCAGCAGCUAAGCUUGUUGCCCCAUUGCUGCUGAAAAUUGCUGAAACUUAUCCAAAUGCAGUUUGUUAUCCAUACAACAUUAGCAAAGAGAAAAAUAGUAGCAGCACUGUCAAGCUCGACGUGAUUAAGAAAUUGGACCGCUUGUUGGAAGAUUCCUCCUUUCAAAUACCCCUCGUGAAAGCUCUCUCGUGCUUGACCUAUCCUAGUAUUAUUUUGAAGGACUAUACCAACAAACUUACAGAGGCCAUGAAAAGUGCCCCCAUCAAUUGGCUGUCCUUGAAAGAAAUUUGUGAUGAAUUUUCUUACAUCCAUAAGGAAAGUGGUGGACCUUCACAGUGUGCUGGAAAUUUUUUUCACAGCUAUAAGCAUAAGGAACAUGACAUUCCUGCACUGUUUGAUGAACUUUGUGCUGCUAUAAGUGAAAGGAAUACCACAGUUGCCUCUGAGAUUAUUAACAAAGUGAAGAAAACCCUAGAAAAAGUAAAAGAAUUGGACUCAAAAAAUAUCAAGCACUAUUCAAAGUUGAAGGACUUUUCACCUUGGCUUGCUGAAUUUUCAUCAUCUAAAAAAAACAUUUGUAUUGAAAUACCAGGCCAAUAUACUGGUGAUCAGAAGCCAAACCCUGAGAGGCAUAUUAUGAUAUCUGGAUUUAAUGAUACAGUUCUGGUUAUGCCAUCCAUUCGAAGACCUGUAAAACUUACUGUAAUUGGCUCUGAUGCCCAAAGUCACAACUUCUUGGUAAAAUAUGGAGAGGAUUUAAGGCAAGAUGAACGCGUGCAACAGCUCCUAGGUCUCAUGAAUGGCAUUUUCUCUAACAACCACCUCUGCAGGGAUCGUCACCUAUCUGUUGUCACUUACAAAGUGAUGCCUUUAUCAACCAGGCUGGGCAUGAUUGAAUGGGUUGACAAUACAUCGUGCUUGAAGGAUGUCAUGAUGUCAUCAAGACAACUUUCAGACCAGGAUAGAGUCAGCAUACGAACUAAGCAUGAGUCUUGGCUAAAGAAAUACGUCAAAGUAAAAGAUCAGAAUAUUAAUAUUUACGGCAUUGCUCACGAUCAAAUCAGUAGAGAGGCUUCUGUCACACAGUUCAACAAAUUAGUAUCCAUGACAAAGCCAGAUCUUUUAAGGAAGGGGUUGCAGUUGUGGAGUUCAAGUGCAGAAGGCUUCUACUGGCUUCGUCACUCUUUCAUUACCAGCUACAGUACACUCUGCAUCGCUCAUUGGCUUUUGGGGGUGGGCGACAGGCAUCUCCAGAACUGCUUAGUAUCUCAGACUAAUGGGCAAUGUAUUGGCAUUGACUUUGGACAUGUCUUUGGAUCUGCAACCCUAAAUCUUCCUGUACCAGAAUUAAUACCAUUUAGGUUAACUCCUCACAUUGUCCAUGUCACCCAACCUCAUGGAACAAAAGGUCUAAUUCAGGAGACGAUGGUCAAUGCACUGCGUGCUUUGCGGGCUGACCCUGAAAUACUUUUGGCCACAAUGCAGGUCUUUAUCCAAGAACCAUCUCUUGACUGGCUCCUACUAGCCAAAAAGCAUUGGUCAGAAAGUGAAGAAAAUGCAAAUCCUGCAUGGCUUCCUGUUGUUAAAAUUCAUCAAGCCAAAAAGAAGCUCAAGGGGACCAAUCCUGUACAUCUCAUGAGAGAAGAUUUAGAGAGCAAAAUUCAUACAGUGUUCAAGGAUGGGUAUCUGAAAACAUUAAAUGGCGAUGCUUCUCGCAACAUUCGGGCCAAACUAGGGUAUAAUGAUCUUACUCCACGACAACAGGUGGAGUGCUUGAUUGACUUAGCAACUGAUCCUAAUGUGCUUGUUAAAACUUAUGGGGGAUGGGAACCAUGGUUGUGAUCUUUAAAAUGUCUAGUCUCAUACAUAGAUCAUUUUAAUAACUACAAUCAUCAAGUAUUAAUAAUAACUUAAUGUGUCUUUUUAUUGCAUGCAUUUUUAAAUUUUUUAUAAAUAAAAAAAAUUAGAAGAAACGUUAUCACCACUCUUUCA